GGCAGCUCGGAUGCUUGUAGCAUGAAGCCUCGCGGUGGUUCAUAGUCAUGAAUUCAACGAGUUUCGUAACGUUUGCAUUUACAAUCUGCUGCUUGUCUGUGCAAACCAUCCUCGCACGACGACACACCGUAAUGAUACCGACUACCUUUGUAUUGUGUCAUCACCGUGACUCAUCUAGAUUUGUUGUCGAGAUUGAGGGCGGCCUAGUUGGAACUUGGCUGUGUACCGUGACGAUGCGGUACUCUCCGAACAUCUCUGGCACUGUCGUAUUUUCACUGGGCCCGAGUGAUGCGGCAUGGCCUCAGGCUGCAGUGUACUUCUUGAACCGAAUAGGACGUCGACCGCAGGAGGAAUCAAUGGCCAUUCAUGGGGAGAUCGAUUACCAGUGAAAAUUGGUGCGAGAAACGUCUGGACGGUGUUGCAACUUGCCUGUUCUACCAGUAGUGAGUGCGAGGUGGGUGACUCGUGACCUGGAGGAGAGUUGAAGGGUAACACCCUCGGCAUUUACCGAGGACCUUCUGCCACUUGUCAUGCACCGCCCAGUGUCAAUUGAAACCGCCCUCGACAACAAAAUUUGGACGAAUACACGGACAGGUCUGCACAUAAGCAGCAGAUGGCAAAUGCAAACGUUGCUAAUCCAUGCAACUGGGAAACGAG